GGACUUUUUGGCGGGAACACGAGGAGUAAAGUUGUGUAAUUUGUUUUAUUUUGUCUAUUUAGUGUUUCUUCAGGUUUAAAUGUGUAAUAAUGGUGGUUUAUUAACUGUUUGAUAUCUGUGAAAGUGCACAAAUGUGGGAAAAUAAAACAAAGCCGCUGUACGUAGCUUUUCGGGAUCCUCCAAAAAGUCCACUGAAAAAAUCUCAGUAAAUGACCACCAUUUUACUGAGAUUAUGUGUCAUCCCAUAUCAUCUCAUCUUAUUUCAUUUAAUUUCAUCCCAGUUGAUUAAUGUCUCAAAUUAAUCAUCUUCAUUUCAUUUCAUUACACUCCGUACAUUAUUCAUAAAAAUAAUAAUAGGUAUGAAUUAAAAUAAGACAUGACUUAAAAGUCUUAGUUACCAGGUCAUAAAAGCACUUAAAAAAAUGUUAGUUAAUAAAACAAUUAAUCUUCGGAUGCUUAAACUGACUUUUUUUUUGUUUUCAUGAGUCUACGCACUACUAUUCUUUUUUAAUAAACUUAUGAUAAUUAAAUACAGUAAGAAGGCCAUUUCUUACGUAGUCAGUGUUGUAUUUUCUGUCAGAGGCCUAACAAACACCAUAAAACUAUAUUUUCACCGAGCAGUGUGUUGUCUUCUGCGUUUCAUUAAUCUUUGAAGGUAUGGUCCAGUACAUUUGGAGAUUUCAAUUGAUCGCCUGAGCUCCCAAUUUAUUACACUCUUAAAUAAAUAAAUUUCUCUACAUUUCGCUCCACAUUAUUUACAUUACGCCUUAUGAUAUGAUUCUUUUGCUUUUUCUGUUAACAAAAUGGAAUGAUUAUUGCAAUCAAUGUCAAAAUUGUCAAUGAACAAAUCAAACAAAUACCUACCUACAACUACAAAUGUUGAUAUGAAAUAAUUUAAUCGUGUUCAUUUUUGUUUAAGAACAUUAAAAUUAUUGAUGAAUUGUGACAUCAUCAUCACUGUACAUACUUCAAUAUAAAAUUUUAAUUAUUAACAAAAAUGCUCAAUAUAAAAAAAUACGGCAGUAGUUCAGAGGAUGAAAGUGAUGAUACAGAAACAAACCAGUUCAGCAAUGAAGCUCUCUUGACCCAUCUUAAGCCUGUUGAUCCGAGUUUGUCCGUGGCCAAGACCAUGCAAGUAUGUGCUGCUCCAGCUGUGGUGCCUACGAAUGAAGAUGACACUAGAGUUUUAAUACCAGCAAACGCAAAAGAGUUAACACACAAUCCAAAGUAUGAGGAGCUGUUUGCACCCGCUUUCGGACCAGAGAAUCCAUUUCAAACACAGCAAAUGAAGGCAACGAGAAACAUACUAUCUGGCUAUGUAGAAUUGGCACAUAUUAGCGAUUUUCAGUUUGAGAAUCAACGAAGAACAUUUACGAGUUAUGGUUAUGCUGUAGAUCCUUCUACAAAUAUUGAGGAGCAAGAAGGAGAUGCUAUAGUGAAAUCUGCUAUGAUAGACCCUAAAGAAGAUACAGAAGGCAAAUCAGUUUUUGAAACAAUAAAAAAGCGACCCCUAGACAAAAAGAAGAGAACCAAAAAUGACAAUCCUGAAGACAUUAAUGGAUUUCUAGGACCCUGGGGAGGUUUUGAAGGAGAACAGAGGAUAAUGAAACCGGAAGGUGAUGAAGCAAAAGAAUUAGAAGAGAUUUUAGCUAAGAGACAGAAGAAAGGAAAAGUUGACGAUGAUAAACCUUUGGAAGAGAGAUCUAUAUUACACAUUGACAAGGUCACCGAUUAUCAGGGUCGGUCUUGGAUCGAGGCGCCCCGAAGCGAAACACAACUGCGAAGCGAGUCACCUCCCGACAAAUGUUUCCUACCGAAGGCGCACAUAUUCACGUGGAAGGGUCACACGAAGGGCGUGGCGGCGGCGCGCUGGUUCCCCUCGACGGCGCAUCUCAUGCUCUCCGCCGGCAUGGACUGCAGGGUCAAGAUAUGGGAGGUGUACGGUGACCGUCGCUGCAUCAGAACGUACUUCGGGCACCGGCAGGCCGUCCGAGACGUCAACUUCAACAAUUCCGGGAAACAGUUUCUGUCGGCUGCGUACGACCGGUACAUAAAGCUGUGGGACACGGAGUCGGGCGCGUGCGUGUCCCGGUUCACGUCCCGGAAGGUGCCGUACUGCGCCAAGUUCCACCCGGACGCCGACAAGCAACACCUGUUCGUCGCCGGCACCUCCGACAAGAAGAUCAUAUGCUGGGACGUUCGGAGUGGCGAAAUAGUCCAAGAGUACGACAGGCAUCUCGGUGCGGUCAACACCAUCACCUUCGUCGAUGAGAACAGGAGAUUUGUGACCACAUCCGACGACAAGAGUUUGCGGGUCUGGGAGUGGGACAUCCCGGUGGACAUGAAGUACAUCGCGGACCCGACGAUGCACUCCCUGCCGGCCGUCACCGCCGCGCCCAACGGCAAGUGGCUCGCGUGCCAGUCCAUGGACAACAAGGUCAUCGUGUUCAGCGCGCUCAACCGCUUCAAGAUGAACAGGAAGAAGACGUUCACCGGGCACAUGGUGGCCGGGUACGCCUGCACCGUCGACUUCUCCCCGGACAUGAGUUAUUUGGUGUCGGGUGACGCGGACGGGAAAUGCUACAUUUGGGAUUGGAAGACGACGAAGCUUUAUAAGAAGUGGAAAGCUCACGACGGAGUUUGCAUAACCUCACUGUGGCACCCACAUGAGCCCAGCAAGCUGCUUACCGCGGGCUGGGACGGCGCCAUCAAAUACUGGGACUGAAUAAAACAAUCAAAACCAUU